AAUGACAAGAUGGUAUUCUUGAAAACCUGGUACAUUUAUUUAAUACACAUUUAUUGAGUGUUUAUCACGUGUCAGGCACUGUGCUAGGCCUUGGUGAUACCAAAUGGUUGGCUUAGUCUCUGCUACAGAAAGGAGUUUGAUAUUAUAGGGAAGUUGUCCAAGUUAAUAAUUACAAAAUGAAUCUGGGAUGCUGUGAUAAAACUACAGAGACCCUUUUUUCUUGUCGAGGGUGGCAUGAGGAAGCAGAGAGAAAAAGACUCCUGGAGGCUACCCCUGAGCUGUUGAAAGGAUGGGUAAGAGUUACCCAGGUGAAGAAAAACUGUUCUUGACGAGCAGAUGAGUAUGGCAGUCCGCGAGGAGAUAAAGGCAAGGCUUCCCACAAAUGCCACUUUUAUGGUUUUUGACAACUUUACAUAGCACCAGUAAUAACUUUUUUCUUAAAUAUCACUUUAAUUUAAAAAAAUUUUUUACUGACAUACCUACUUCAGCUGUAUCUUAAGCAAUACAUGAGAAAUCUAGGGUAUGGUGUGUUAAUUAUACAUUUGCUAGUACUAAUAUUAAAACACUUACUAAAUGGAUACCCUUUUACUCUCUUAAAAUCAUCUCAUCAAUUGAAUUGUAUCAAACUGUAGGAAAAACAAAAUGGAACUCUUGUUUAAAUUAAUAUACCCUUACCCUGCAACAGGAGAUAAUUCGUUUUAGAUGCCACUUUUCUUCCUAGUAGAAUUACUAUACUUUGAAAUGGUUCAAAAUAACGUACAAUAACCUUCAAAGUAACGGAAAAGUCUGAGUUAAUUUUCUGGCACCUUGAGGUAAAGGGACCCGAGCUUUUGAUCUGAAUCCCCAUCGAGUAAUGACGCAGCAUACUUUCGACCGUUUUGAUAUGAAAUUCAUUCUCUUGUAUUAAGAAAACAAAACAAAAAACCUAAAGCAAAGGCAGACAUACAAAGGGAUUUUUAAAAGCUGGAAAAGCAGUGGAUAUCGGUGGGAUAGAAGAUUAGGCGUAAAAUUAGAAGAGGGAAGAAAGUCCGCCCCAGACCAGGCAAAUCCGCAUGGAUGGAGGCAGCGUUUCCUUCUCCAGCAGCCAAACUGCCUCUGUUUCUUAAGGCAAACUUAGGCCGCAUUUCCGCUGAGCGAAGAAAAAAGUCAAGGCGAGGGCUCGACUUUCUGAAAAAAAAAAAGGAGUCACAGCACGCAGGACUGAAGAGGCGGAAGCAGCUGGGAGACCCUGCUCGCCAGCAUCUUGAAUCGACCAGGACGGACCGGCGAGCAACCAGGCCCCGCCCCCAGGGCAGGCCUCGCCCCACCCCGGCCGGCCGGCCGGCCGCUCCGCGGAGCCACCAGGAGUCGCUGCGCGCCGUCUGGGCGACAGCCGGUCUCUCUUCCCCACCUCCCCUUCGCUGCUCCGCCCCCGGGGCGGUGUCGGCGCCAAAAUCAAACUCGCCUGGGCCCGCCCCGCCUCUCGCCCCGCUCAGGCCCCGCCGCCGGAAGACGCGCCGCCCGCGCAAUGUCGAAGAAAAAAGGACUAAGUGCAGAGGAAAAGAGAGCCCGCAUGAUGGAAAUAUUUUUUGAGACGAAAGAUGUAUUUCAAUUAAAAGACAUGGAGAAGAUUGCUCCCAAAGAAAAAGGCAUUACUGCUAUGUCAGUAAAAGAAGUCCUUCAAAGCUUGGUUGAUGAUGGUAUGGUUGACUGUGAGAGAAUUGGAACAUCUAAUUAUUAUUGGGCUUUUCCAAGUAAAGCUCUUCACGCCAGGAAACGUAAGCUGGAGGUUCUGGAAUCUCAGUUAUCUGAGGUAAACCAAAAGCAUGCAAACCUGCAGAAAAGCAUCGAGAAAGCUAGAAUUGGCCGACAUGAAACGGAAGAGCGAACCUUGCUAGCAAAAGAGCUUUCUUCACUUCGAGACCAAAGGGAACAGCUAAAGGCCGAAGUAGAAAAAUACAAAGAAUGUGACCCGCAAGUUGUGGAAGAAAUACGUCAAGCAAAUGAAGUGGCCAAAGAAGCUGCUAACAGAUGGACUGAUAACAUAUUUGCAUUAAAAUCUUGGGCCAAAAGAAAAUUUGGGCUCGAAGAAAAUAAAAUUGAUAAAAAUUUUGGAAUUCCAGAAGACUUUGACUACAUAGAUUAAAAUGUUUGGUGUCAGUGAAGGAGCUAUGUGCUUGUGAAUAUGUAAAUUUUUAUAUUAUCCAACUAAAUGUACUGCAUUUUCAUUUACCUAUAACUGUGUUUGUUUUAUUAAUUUUAAAUGAAGUAUAAAGUGUAGAUGUUU